CAGAGGGGAAUAGCAAACGGGGGAAUAGAAUAGGGAAGUCCAACUAGAAGUAGGAAAAAAAUCAGUUGUUGAGCAUAUCGACCAGUGCUAAUUUUUCAGGAGUACAAACUCAUUUUCGGGGAUUUUGAAGGGAUUUUGGAUAACUAUAUAUAUAUACAUUAUCAGCUGUUUCCAUCCUCCAUUUCUCAUGUUAGGUCGAAUAUCAGGCACAGGGGCAUGGACAGGAAGCUUUUUUGUUGUUUCUGUAGGGCUCCCAAGCCCCCGAACGAUGAAGUUGUGUCAUGGCGACAGUCCCUCAAAAAACUUCUGGAGUGUAAAACAGGGCAGCUGGCCUUCAGAGAGUUCCUGAAGACAGAGUACAGCGAGGAGAACAUCUUGUUCUGGCUGGUCUGUGAGGAAUACAAGACCAUCACCUCCAACACUGAGAUGGCUGAAGCAGCGAAAAGAAUCUACACAGAGUUUGUACAGGUCGACGCCCCCAGACAGAUAAACAUCGACUGUGAGACCAGGCAUGAGAUUACAAACAGCAUGUCUCAGCCGACCCUGAGCUGCUUCGACAAGGCCCAGAGAGUGAUAUACAAGCUGAUGAAAAAGGACAGUUAUCCCAGAUUCCUGAAAUCUGAAAUCUAUCAGGUUCUUUUAGAACCAUCAGACGCCAGCUGAGGUUCCAGGACCAGGUGAAGAAUAAUACCUGUCUACAACCAUCAGGCUGUGGGCUGACAGUGAUUCAACUCUCUCUUCUCUAACUACCUGUCCGUGUUAGUUCAGCGUGGUUUAACUUUGGGCUGGAGCACAAAACACAGGGCUCUCUCUAAUGAUAAUUCAUCAUCUAGCUUCGUGGCUCCCAAUCGUGUUCUAUUAUUGUAAAGCGGGAUAAUCUAUCCUUGUGAAAAUGCUACAAUUAUAGAUAUGAUGAAACAUUUUAUACUAUAAAGACUUUAUUUAUAGUGUAACGUAUUAUGUAUGUUUUAUAACUUGUAUUCUUUUUUACAAGGUUAGUAUUAUCCAUUGGUUAUCCAUUGAUUGUUACUUUGCACAUGAGUUGUAAUUAUUUAUGGUAUUUUCCCGCUGUCUAUGUAAAUUAGGAUAUGUCAGACUUGCCAUUAAUGAACAAGACAACAUUUAUGUUGAUUUGUUCAUUUCUGUGUUUCUGUCUAUGACAGGAAUUCAACAGGCCAACCAAUGCAAUUUUGUGUGUGUGUGUGUGUGUGUGUGUGUGUGUGUGUGUGUGUGUGUGUGUGUGUGUGUGUGUGUGUGUGCAUUUGUGUGUGUGCAUGUGUAAUUGCAAUUCAAAAGGCCAAGCCAACACAAUCAGUGCAGCAUCAACUGAGGUCGGUGUCUCUGUCUCUCAGCCGUACCCUCAUGUUGUUCCUCUUUAUCUCUCAUAACCAGACCAACCCCAAACAUUCUGCUCCCUAGGCCACCAGGCCAAUGGGCCAUCGUUUGAAUCAUCUCUCUCUCUCUUUCUCCCCCUCUGCUUCUCCCUUCUGUUUUCACACAUUGCACAACGUGAUUUCAUGUUGUCUACAUGAAUCUAAUAUAGUGCUAUGUCUAACACCAGUCCAGGUGUAUAGUCUCUCCCCAGCAGGAGUCUAUGUACUGUAGAAGCACCACACUAUAACACCCAUGACAUUCCCCUUUUUGCACACAGACCCCCUGCAAGGAUACACACCCGGUGUCUUCCACUAGUAAACGUGGAUACAUGCAAGUGUAGCAUGUACAAACCUGCUCUGGGAUACAAUAUCAUGCUCUCUUGAGUAACACAUCACUGUUCUCUCAGUGAGUUACACAUGCAUGCAUGCACCCACACACAAAUGGGACUUUGAUUGUGUUUCUGGCCAAAUCUACUGCAUGUGUUGCUGGUAUACAUCACUCUCUGCAGGAGGCUGUAUCAUGCUGAGAGGAAACAGCAAGGAAUACUGAGACUUAACACAGUCUGUUACGUCCUGGACUGUAGUCUUAUUACUGUCACUAUGUCUUCCUAUAUGGCCCCCUGACGUCUUCCUCUCUCCAAAAGCUGUGGCAAGUUUUUAGUAUACUUUUCCAUUCAUAUCAACAAAUCUAAUCACUGUUCCAGCUGUAUGUGCACAUGGACAUCUUUCCAAUUGGUCAUAAUACAUUAAAGCCCUGUCUCCACAACGCUGUAUGAA